ACCACCACUCUCUACACAAGUAGGCAGUCAUUCAAACUGAGGAGCGCGCGCAUCCACAAUCAGCUCCUCGGAACUCUACUCCCAUGGCCAACUCGACUCUGCUUCCAUGCCUCCUGCUGCUAGCAAUCGUGUCCCUUGCCCCCGCGGCCAGUGGCGUCGACGCAUCAACCGACCCACGGCCGAUCCGCCUCAACUGCGGCGCGUCAUCCGCCUCGGCCACCGACUCCGACGGCCGCUCAUGGGACGGUGACGCCGUCUCCAAGCUCUCACCACCGACGGGCGCCGGCGUCACCGCGUCGUACCAAGACCCCUCGCUGCCUUCCCCCGUCCCGUACAUGACGGCGCGCGUGUUCGCGUCGAGCCACACGUACACCUUCCUCGUCAGCCCCGGCCGCGUCUUCCUCCGCCUCUACUUCUACCCGUCCGGCUACGGCGGCCUCAGCGCCUCCGACGCGCUCUUCGGCGUCACCGCGGGCGGCGUCACGCUGCUGCGCGACUUCAACGCGUCCCAGACCGCGCUCGCGCUCAACGCCGCCUACCUCGUCCGCGAGUUCUCCCUCAACGUCACCUCACCCACCCUGGACCUCACCUUCGCGCCGUCCCCCGGCGCCCCCUCCCACUACGCGUUCGUGAACGGCAUCGAGAUCGUGCCCACCCCGGACAUGUUGACGGUGCCAGCGCCGUCCUUCGCCAACGGCGGGAGCCCGGACCCGAUGCCCAUCCGCGCCGACACGGCCUUCCAGACCAUGCACCGCCUCAACGUAGGCGGCGGGGCUGUCUCCCCGGCCGACGACUCCGGGCCCUUCUACCGCGCAUGGGACAGCGACUACCCCUACCUGCUCGGCGCCGCCGUCGGGGUCACCUACGGGAAGGAUAGCAACGUCACCGUCCGGUACCCGCCGUCCGUGCCGCCGUACGUCGCGCCGGAGGGCGUGUACGCGACGGCGCGGUCCAUGGGCCCGGACGCGGCGAUCAACCUCAACUACAACCUCACCUGGGUCCUGCCGGUGGACGCCGGGUUCUACUACCUCCUCAGGUUCCACUUCUGCGAGAUCCAGUACCCGAUCACCAAGGUCAACCAGCGCUCCUUCUUCAUCUACAUCAACAACCACACGGCGCAGGCGCAGAUGGACGUGAUCGUGUGGGGCCGCGGGAUCGGGGUUCCCGUGUACACCGAUUACCUCGUCGUCACCACGGGCUCCGGCCAGACGGACCUCUGGGUCGCGCUGCACCCGGACAUCAGCUCCAGGCCGGAGUACUACGACGCGAUACUCAACGGGAUCGAGGUGUUCAAGCUCCAGACGUACGGCGGCAACAGCCUCGCCGGGGACAACCCGCCGAUCCCAGAGAAGCAGCAGGUCGAGGAUAGAGGCAUAGGGGGAUCAAGGAGGAAGAGUGCCGUCUCUGUGGCCGUGGGUGGAGCGGCCGCCGGUGGCCUCCUUGUGGUGUUGAUCGGCUGCCUCUGCUCGUGCGCUGUUUGCAGGCGGGGCAACAAGACCGCGUCGGUUGUCGCGUGCGAGCCCGAGGCCGUUCUUCAGCAACCGGCUCAUGGCCUCAAACCUGGCCCAACGAAAAGCUCCGCGUUGUUUACGUCUGCCCAAGACAAGUAGGCUUAUUUGCUGGGCUCUUACCAUAACUUGACCUACCCAAAAAAGGGUUACUGACGGGCCCAAAUUCUAAAACAAUAAUGCUGGGUUUACGGACGAAUCGUUACGGGAAGAAUCUUACGGACAUGCGUGGGGCGCUGAUGUUUCUCCCCGGAUGAAUACUCGGACCCACCACGACUUCUCUGCCUAAUGGCCUGAUGCCACAUCUGCAUCCGUAAGCUGAUUCCGUAGAUCCCUUCCGUAGGUGUAGCAUUACUCAUUCUAAAAUCAGUUCCUUUAUUAUUUUUUCUCUUGAGUUUCAAAGGCAAGUGCCACCCAUAAGGCUGAUGUAAAUACAUGCUUGGCGUAACAUCUUUUAUGUGUA